GGAGUUGCAGAACCCACCAUUAUAAUGUAUAUUUACUUGUACAAUUUUGCCAAAGGGAGGCAAGAUUUGGGGCAGCACCUAUUCUUGGCUUGGGCUGGAUGGGUAUGCACAUGGACAGCUCUGCUAUUGUUUCUUUUGGCAAUUUUCAAUGCUUGUGCUAUCAUCAGUAGAUUUACAAGGAUUGCAGGGGAAACUUUUGGGAUGUUAAUUUCUGUUCUUUUCGUUCAAGAGGCCAUUAAGGGACUAGUGAGCGAGUUCGAAAUUCCCAAAUCUGAGGACCCGAACUCAGUUAAGUAUCAAUUUCAGUGGCUUUACACUAAUGGCCUGCUUGCAAUUAUAUUUUCGUUCGGCCUUCUAUACACCUCAUUGAGAAGCAGGAGAGCUAGAUCAUGGUUGUAUGGAACAGGGCAGAUCAGAAGUUUCAUAGCAGACUAUGGGGUUCCAUUGAUGGUUGUAGUGUGGACAGCACUCUCUUUCAGUGUACCAAGCAAAACCCCAUCUGGUGUCCCAAGAAGGCUCAUUAGUCCACUCUUAUGGGAAUCUGAAUCUUUAUACCAUUGGACUGUAAUUAAGGACAUGGGUAAGGUUCCUCCGGUGUAUAUCUUGGCUGCCUUCAUCCCAGCUGUUAUGAUAGCCGGGCUUUAUUUCUUUGACCACAGCGUUGCUUCACAAUUGGCUCAGCAAAAAGAAUUUAAUCUCAAGAACCCCUCUGCCUAUCAUUACGACAUUUUCUUGCUUGGAUUUAUGACAUUGCUUUGUGGAUUGAUUGGAUUACCCCCUUCAAAUGGUGUCUUGCCUCAGUCCCCCAUGCACUCUAAAGCACUAGCUGUUCUUAAAAGACAGUUUAUCAAAAGGAAGAUGGUGGAGAGUGCCAAUGAAAGCAUAAAACGGAAAGCUAGCAAUUCCGAGAUUUACGACAAGAUGCAAAACGUGUUCAUAGAAAUCGACAACUCUCCAAAUACAACUGCAAUAGUCAAAGAACUCAAAGACUUGCAGGAAGCAGUAAUGAGUGUAGAAAAUGGAGGAGAAAACACAAACGAGAAGUUUGAUCCUGAAAAGCAUAUAGAUGCCUGCUUACCUGUUCGAGUUAACGAGCAAAGGGUCAGCAACUUGCUACAGUCACUUCUUUUAGCAGCAUCUAUAUGUGCUAUGCCCUUAAUAAAGUUGAUACCCACCUCGGUUUUAUGGGGCUAUUUUGCGUACAUGGCCAUCGACAGCCUUCCUGGAAACCAGUUCUGGGAAAGAAUCUUGCUUCUUUUCGUUCUCCCUGGACGGAGAUACAAGGUUCUAGAAAAGGUCCAUGCUUCUUUCGUUGAGUCGGUUCCAUAUAGAAGCAUUGCUAUAUUCACAGUCUUCCAGAUUAUCUAUUUUCUUGUGUGUUUCGGUGUGACAUGGAUCCCAAUCGCGGGCAUUCUCUUUCCGGUGCCAUUCUUCCUUCUCAUCGCCAUACGACAACACAUUCUACCAAAGCUGUUUCAUCCUCACCAUUUGAGAGAACUUGAUGCAGCCGAGUAUGAGGAAAUCGUGGGUGGUCCAUCACGACAUCCCAGCUUCAAUCUCAGGGACUCGGACAGUGUUGGUAGCGAAAACAAUGAAGGUGAAGUGACGGUAUGCGAUGCUGAAAUAUUAGACGAAAUGACUACGAGUAGAGGCGAGCUAAAGGUUCGAAACCAUAGUUUCAACGAAGAGAGACGAACCCAGGUUUACCCUGGCGAAUGAGACAGAGUAGAACCAUACAUCAAUGAUGCUUAAGAGCUCGAAAAUAUACUGAAUUGCAUCAGAAUAGUACUAAAAUGGGGGCAUAGUCCCACCAACAGUAGAUACAGAGAUCAUAGAUUGUUAGUUUGAGUUUUGAAUUCAUAACCAAUAGGUCCAAAC